AUGCGGGCGGCAGAGCACGAGGGCGCGGAAGAUAUGGCACCCAGCCCACCGCCGACAACGCCGGAUGACUCCCAGUUUAUAGACUGUUUAACACGGAGCCACUUUGAGCAGGCGAUGGAUGCAAUGGCGACGAAAUUGAUUUUUACAUGGCAGGCGACGGAUGAUCAAAUUAAAAAGGAGGUGAGGGACCUAUCAUCCAGGACCUCUGCAGUGGAAAAGCACUACCAGGAGCUUGCCUCCGCGCAAACAACAGUCUCGGAGCACCUACAGGCACUGCAAAAUGGAAAGUAUGGAAAUGCGCAUAACAAACCAAGAAGACAGGGCACGCAGGAAUAA